CGCUGUAUGGCACUGAUUAAGCACCAUUAAGCCAUAAACUGCUUUGCCAAUUUGAUAUGUUGGGUCAUUAAACGAAAUUCGCACAUGGAAUUGGGUCAGCCAAUCCCCCGCUGGGCUGGGUAGAUAAGCUUCAGUAACAGCUCCAACGACUCGCUGGCUAUAAAAGAGCUGGAAAAUCGCACAUCGAACACAAACCAACUUCAACUUCAAUUCCAGCAAUGUGUGCAGACAACACUCCCUUCCUGUUGCUGAUCCUCGCCAUCGGCGCUGGCAAUCUUGUCCAGGCUGCGGAAGAGCCCCGCAUCAUUGGCGGCCAGUUUGCAACGCCUGGCCAGUUUCCGCAUCAGGUGUCGCUGCAGCUGAAUGGACGUCAUCAUUGUGGUGGCUCUCUGAUAUCGGACACAAUGAUCGUGACGGCGGCCCAUUGCACCCGGGGACAGAGUGCCAGCCAGAUGAAGGCGAUUGUGGGCACCAACGAUCUGAGCGCGGGCAAUGGUCAGACUAUGGCCAUUGCACAGCUCAUCAUCCAUCCGCAGUACAAUCCACAGAGCCAGGACUUUGACAUGUCGCUCAUUCGGCUCAGUAGCCCGGUGCAGUUGGGUGGUGGCGUGCAAACGAUUCAGCUGGCGGAUGCGGAUGCCAACUAUGCGGCGGACACCAUGGCGACCAUCAGCGGCUUCGGAGCAAUCAAUCAGAACCUUCAGUUGCCCAAUCGCUUGAAGUUCGCCCAGGUGCAGCUGUGGAGUCGCGACUUCUGCAAUGCGCAGAAUAUACCUGGACUCACGGAUCGCAUGGUGUGUGCAGGACAUCCCAGUGGGCAGGUCAGCUCCUGUCAGGGUGACUCGGGUGGACCGUUGACCGUUGAUGGCAAACUGUUUGGCGUUGUCUCCUGGGGAUUUGGUUGCGGCGCCAAGGGACGCCCAGCCAUGUACACGUACGUCGGCGCCUUGAGGUCCUGGAUCAAGCAAAAUGCCAAUGUUUAGCCCACCUUAUAUAUAUCCGUUUGAUUUCUAAACAUAAUCCUUAUACAGAUACCACAUAUUUUGUUCAACUUAAAUAAUAAAUUUGA